UCGAAGUUCCGCGGGCUCUUGCAUGACUCCUCGCACUCUUCUUUCUCUUUGGUCGUUCUUAAUCGUGGAACAUGGACUCACUGCCAAUAGUUUACUUGUUGAGUGGAACGAAAAAGGAAAAAGGAGGAUCACCGAUGGUUUUCUUCCACGACUUCUACUUCGUUUCAUUCGUGCCACUAGCUAAGCUGACAGUUGAAACGGAUUGCUUCGAGACACUACUACUAUAGAGUGAAUCUAGGGCCCAUAGGGGAUAAUGAUCGUAUGGCACCCAUUUGAAAUGUUUCCAAGUGUUUCUAAGUGGUCGUGAUUAAAAGCUGUGUGUGUGUGUUCUCAAGUGCAAAUUACGGUGGAAAGUUGUUGGGAAGCUUUUCCCAAAAGGCUUUUUAAGACGACAAAAUUGAGGUGCCAAAGGACUACAGUGGACGAACGGGUUCCAAAAGAGAGUAAUGGAUCCAGUGGACUGUCCCACAACUUUCCGUACUGACUCCGAAAUGAGAAGAACUGUCCCCGUAAAAGUUGGAACUGAUUUUUCCCGGAAAAACUUCCGACGUCGAGUCUUGAUGUUUUACAAUUAAACUGUCGAACGCCAUCCCCUCAAUUAGAUACCAAAAAGUUAGGAGGGCUUUCCAUUUGUGGUUCCGUGCCACAAAUAGAAAAUUAUCGUCAAGCACUCUGGAUCCGAAUCCAGUCAGCAGAACCACUGCCUCCGAUUUCAUUCGACUGUUUGGAUUCACCCAACACUUGGACUUCUUCUUGGCACUCCUCAACCCUUCCAGCAUGAUUCCGGAGCCCAAUCUUUGGUCAGAUAUUCACCAAAGCCGGGACCGAAGCAUAGAAGAGGUCUCACCUUCGGACUUUCACAUGCAUUCGUCCACAACCUCUUCUUCCACGACUGUGGAUCCAUGCCGAACUCUGACGAGAGGCGGAUCCGGUACCACAAAUAGCACUAUCCUGGCGGGAAGCACAAAUCUGACCGACAGCCGCGAAGUGUUCAAAGAAGAAAUGGAGUUGAGCCACCAUCUCAGCCAACAUUUGAUGAAUCAAUCCACCACUUCAAUGAACCAGGGAGCUUUGGCCACAGCGGUCGAAACAGAGUCUCUGCGCCAGAGACAACAAAGAUGGACUCGGCGGUGGUACUUAUUAGUCAUCGUGUUACUGUACGUGGGGCUGUUGGCCAGUUUUAGUUUGAAUGUGAGUCUGCUACUUCGAAAGCCCCCUCUCCCGACGCCACCAAUAUCGACACCAUCAUCAUCAUCAUCAUCAUCAUCAUCAUCAUCAUCAUCAGGGCAAGAUCUGGCCUCGGUGGGCAUCAAUGGUGGAGUGAUCUCUUCAGCCUCAGCCUUGGAGAAUGGCGAGGUCAACAGGGAUGGUUCAGUUAUGUUGUAUCACAAUACCGAUCCGACGAGUUUCUACGAGAAUCGGAUACCUGCCAACGGAGACGCCAGUGGCACCAGUGGUUACGCCUACACAACCUCUUGUCUUGUCAAGGUUCCAUGUGAGUCCGGGCACUACUGGAAGUGCGAUAUCGGUGAAUGUGCACCUUGUCCACUCAGCUUUUAUCAACCUCAAUGGGGUCAAACAAGUUGCUGGCCCUGUCCGUUUAAUACUACAACAGACGAGGAGGGAUCUACGCAGCCAACGGAUUGCAAAAGACGCAAAUGUCCAUUCUACACCAAGGACGGACUUGGUAUUCUGGAAUCACCCAAUUUUCCCGGAGAGUACCCCUCAUCAGUGGAAUGUCACUGGAGAGUUCGACCCGGGAGAAACAAACGCGUUCUCGUCAUCAUAUCCAAUAUCCAACUAGAUGAAGAAUGCUCGGAUCUAUUGACAAUCCGAAAAACAGACCGACCUCAAACUGGCGUGGUGUUCGAGACUUGCCAAUCCCAUGAGGAACCGGUGAUCUUCACAGGACAUUCGCGCAACCUUUGGGUGGAUUUUCACGCAACCGGAAAUUCUUCAGGCAGAGGAUUUCAAAUCUCGUUCCUCACAAUCGAUGAUGAAUUGGGGUACUUGGUGGAUGCCAUCGUGAACGAUGACAAAAUCGACACAUUCGACAAGCGGCCGGGUGACAUGAGUUUGGAGGUUGGUGGACCUAUGCGAGACAAACACUUGCUUUCGCGUCUGUUACUGAUUCUUAACCCCAACUACACGGCAUCCCCCGGGAGAAACAGACGGCCAUCAAGGAAGAAGAAGCCUAUUAUCAAUGUGGUUUCAGAGGAUUCCAGCCCUACUAGUUUCAAUAACGAAGAGGACUCCCACAUCGAGUUGGAGGACUAAACACCGCGCAAUAACCUAUUUUUUGAACAAGCCCUUUACCGCCUAUGGGUGAUUUUUCCAUUGCCUGGAAAAAACAUACUAUGUAUUGUUAAGAUUUUGACAGUAUUACUACAUACUUACUUGCUACUUUGACCAUUCAAGCGUUCUUUUCCUUUUCUAUGACCUAGUCUCUGUCGUUUUAAGAGUCAUCUUUAGUGAACAGUGACUGUUUUCAUUAAAUAAAAGACAAAAAUAUG